CUAAUUGCCUGACCAAAUGUUUGCGCCUUCAAAAUUUCCACUUGUCAUCCCAGCUUGAUGGCUCACUUAGUUCCGACCGAUUUCCAUACCAGUUAAGACCGUGACGCCGGACAAAAUGAAGUCAUCACCGGGUCUGGGCCUGGCCCUGCUCCUGGCCAGCAUAGUCCUCCCAUCGCAGAGCUCAGGCUCGCGGAAUCUCACCGCCUUCCUGGGACAUCGGCAGAAGCGCUGGCUGAUCUACCAGAACAGCGGAUCGAUGAAGUUCAGCAUCGGCCCCUCGCUGCCCAUUCCCCUGGAGGACAAGGUGUCCUUCCGGUCAUGCAUCCUGUCGUUCACCAUCCAGGGCGGCACCUACAACCUGCCUACCUCUCCCAUCUGGCCGUGGGACAAGUGGGAGGGCACCUUCGCCAGGUCCUUGACGCAAAUGCGGAAGGCUAUCGAGCGGCACACGGCUGUCGGGGGAGGGCGGUACGCGGACGAUGCCCGGCUGGUAGUCUACACGGCGCUGGAGGACUACAUCGGCCGGAGGAAUAACGACCGGGACAUGGGCAGGCAGUGUCUGCUCCGCUCCAUCUGCGAGAACGCUCAGAUCCAUCAUCAUGUUGGCGUGUUUUCCGAAAUCAUGGACAUCGUCCUCAGUCCCGGGAGAGCUGAGCUGGACGAGUCCUACCACGAUGCCUACGCCGCCGGAAGGGCAGGAGCCGACUGCCUGGACCUGUACAGGACCUGUCCUCGUGGCUCCAACUUCCUAGACGAGCUCCUGAUGGUGGAGGAUGAUUGAUUUACUGCUGUAGCUGUGGCUAUGGCUGGGCCUCCGGCUGCGGCUGCGGCUGGUGGAGAUCGGGCACCGCAAUAAAGUUUUCAACCAAAUCAAA